CUUAAGGAAGUAUAAAUGCUGCCAACUACUAAACAAAAGCACAAUGUUUCAGGCUGUUUAUCAAAACAAAGGUCAUGCCUAUUUAGCUACGUUGACAACGUGAUCUGGGUGGAAAGAAAUGUCAAUCAAACGGAUGCAGUUUGCCAACAACUCUCCGACUUUGCUCAGUGUUUGCUGAAUGAUUCGACGUGUACUAACCAGACGCAGGUUACCAGUAUAGUAACCAAUGAACAGAUGAUGAAAAAUAUCCAACCAACUUCUGCUUGCAUUAUUCCAAGUUUUAAAAAGAGCUACACUUUUGAAGAGUGUUAUAAGGCUGUCCUACAAUGCCAAACUAUUCCCCUAGGAUAUGAGAACAGCCCAGAAUUUUGCUCGAAAGUACAAGACACCGUGAGAUGUGUUGUCGGAUUAAACUGUGCCAAUGAUGCACUUUUGAGAGUAAGCAAUGUCUUGUAUAAUACAGCAGUCAAGAACAUUUCCAGCGCAUGUGCCUUGGACAAUCUUUACCCGUUGGGGAAGCCAGGCUUGACAGCCUGUCAAACUUCAAGACGAGACUGUACCAACACGUAUGUUGAUCAAGUACUGACCAGAGAAACAGACACAGACAAAUGCAAAGAUCUGAACAGCUAUAUCACCUGUCUGUCAAAGUCUUCCAGCUGCAACACAACAAGCGAGCUGAAACUACUUAGUGAAGAGGAAAUUCAAAGGGCAGAGGUCAAGGCUUGUUCACUGACCGCACUCAAUGGUGCACCAAGUAUGACUUGGAGUUGGCUAGUCAUCUCAAGUGUUCUUCUGUUUUUGUUCAAUUGGAACUAAUCGUUAACUUUAACCAAUGGAUACAAAAUGUUUCACCAUAUAACUUUGAGAUUCUAUUUUAAAUAAAAAUGUUUCAGCCUUGGAAGUGGAAACGACGUUACAAGUUUCUAUUGAAAAUGUUGUGUAGCCAUGAUUUGACAUGACAUCAUAUAUGUUUUCAUUUAGUAAAGACGAAACCGUAAGACAUUGAUUGUGUUCACGUAUAGCCAAGUAAUACAUUUAUAACAUAUCAGUAGUUCAUAUAUUACAAAUAUCUUUGUACAUUUAGCUUGCAUUUUUUAAAAGUUACGUUGACUUACUGAAACAAAUGCUUACAGUUGUGAGUAUAUAAAAUAAUGGAUGUUUCAAAAAAUUAGCGAACUAUACAAAUGUUUGUCUUAUGCUUUCAUUAUUUCUUGUCGCUAGUGUCUAGAUCACUUUGAUGUAAUCAGUAGAAAAAUGUUACUUUGUUCAAUGUUUACUUUACGAUAUAUACGAAUACAUUCCAUAUAUACAGCCUAGUGUGAUAGAGAAAGUGAGUGAAAGAGAGAGAGAGAGAGAGAAGGAGAGAGAGAGAGAGAUAAAGAAAGAGUCAGAGAGAAAGUGUUGAUAAGUUUCAUAAAUUUAAAUUAAUAAAUGUUUUGUCAGAAUGAUUUAUGUUGGAAGUUUCGUUUCUGUUGCAUUUCAAAAAAAAAAAAUUAAUAAAAGACAAAUGUUCAUAGUUUGAACAUUAAGUUUAAA